GCAUUAAGCUUACAAAUAGUGUUCUUAAUUUCUUAUCUCCCUCCAAAACCAGAAAAUAAAAAAUGAGCAGCUUUCUCCACUCUCCCUCUUCCAUCUCAUUUCUCUCCUCUCUAAUUACUUACCAAAACCCCAUUAAAAUUCAUUUGCCAUCUUUAACUUCAACCACUUCAUCAUCUUCAAGAACCUUAAUCCUAGCUUGCACUACUUCAAAUCCAAACAAGAACACAAACAAUAAAAGACCCAUGUUCAAGAACCGCAAGAAAUCAUCAUAUGGCACUUCAAGAAGGUCAAUUACCAAGAAAACGUUCACCCAAGAACAAGUUAACUUCUCUGCUACUGUUGCAGAGGAUCCCCAUGUUGCAAUUAUUGGUGGAGGCAUGGCUGGUCUUGCCUGUGCUUUGAACUUGGAGAAGAGAGGGGUUAAGUCUACUGUUUUCGACACGGGAAACCAUGGUUUGGGAGGAAGAAUGGCAACUAGAGUGAUUGAUCCUCAUCCACUAGUUUUUGAUCAUGGGGCUCAGUUCUUCACAGUGAGUGAUCCUCAAUUUUCUGAGUUAGUUGAUGGUUGGUUGGACAAAGGUUUGAUUCGACAAUGGAAUGGUACGAUUGGGGAGCUUGAAGUGGGUGGCCAGUUUGUUGCGUUACCUUCCUCGACUCCAAGAUAUAUCGGUGUCAAUGGAAUGCGUCCUCUUGCUGACUCGUUACUGUCUGAGACUGCCAUGGUUAACGUGGUGAGACCUUGCUGGAUUAGUAAACUCGAACCAUUUAAUGGGAUGUGGCAUUUGAGCGAGAAUGGAGUACCCCGCGGCCAGUUUGAUGUCAUUGUUAUAGCACAUAAUGGAAAAUGUGCAAAUCGGUUGCUUUCUUCAUCAGGAUUGCCAUUAAUUGCAAGACAAAUGAAGAAGCUAGAUUUAAGCUCUAUAUGGGCCCUACUUGCAGCAUUUGAUGAUCCCCUUCCCAUCCCAAGUGGCGCACCUCCCUUCGAAGGAGCCUUUGUGAAAGGCGUCGAUGCUGUAUCAUGGAUGGGAAACAACACUAUGAAGCUAUUCUCCAAGAGUAGCAGUCCUCACUGUUGGACUUUUUUCAGUACCGCAGCUUUCGGGAAGAAGAACAAGGUCCCACAGGAAAACAUACCGACUGCAACAGGGGAGAGAGUAAAGACAACAAUGCUUGAGGGCGUUGAAGCUGCACUCGGACUAAAGCUUAAAACGCCAUUCUAUAGUCGAGUUCAACUAUGGGGUGCAGCUCUUCCGACAAACACUCCAGGCGUACCGUGCAUAUUCGAUCCCCAUGGAAGGGCUGGUAUUUGCGGAGACUGGUUGCUAGGUUCAAAUCUCGAAUCCGCAGCUUUAAGCGGCAUUGCUCUUGCUAAUCAUAUUGGUGAUUAUCUAAAAAGCGGAGGAGUUCGUCCGGAGGAAUUUGCAGUAGGUUUAAACGAAGAUUUCAAACCAUUGGAAGGCCGUGAUAUUGGACAAUUUUCAAUCUCAGCUAAAGAAAACGAACCAAGCGUUGUUAUACAUUAAUGAAACUUAAGAUUUUGAUAUUAAUAAUAAAAUUUUCCAUUCA